UAAAUGAAGAUGUUGAUAAAGGUAUUGAAGUGGAUUUGUGUGCAGAAGUGGAUGAAGAAAUGAGUAAGAAUACCGAAGUAAGUAAAGUUAUACUUGCUUUUGUUUUAUUACUAAUUAAUAUUGUCUAA